UUAUCUAGGCCCGAUUUGAGCCUACAUCAAUUUGGAUCCAGUAAGGUUUCUGCAACUCUUCCGAGCUUCAGCGGUGCGGAAAAUGGAAACGGAGACGGAGAAGAGGAAACCGGUGGCGCUUUUCAUGGCUUUUGGUACCAAAGGCGAUGUCUAUCCAAUUGCUGCCAUUGCUGCAGCUUUUGCUUAUGAUAAAAAACAAUAUCAUGUGGUUCUGGUAACACACUCAGCACACGAGAAUUUAAGGUCUCAUUUGGAAGACAGACAUGUUGCUUUUCUUCCUAUUAAAUCACCACCUGUCCUUUCUAUUCAUACAGAGACAGAGGAAUCAACUUUCUCACUUCAGAAAAGGAUUAUUACAAGGGAACAUAGACAAGAAUGCUAUUCUGUAGUUGAAGGAAUUUUUGGAAAUUGCCCAAGCAUGGAGGGUGAUUUUAUUGUGAUCAAUUUUUUUGCAUUGGAAGGAUGGAGCCUUGCAGAACAUUUUCGUGUUCGCUGUGUAGUUGCUUCUCCUUAUGUUAUUCCAUACAGUGCACCUUCAUCAUUUGAGUGUCGGUUCAGAAAAGAGCUUCCCCUUCUCUAUGAAUAUCUCCAAGAAGCUCCAACUAACAAGGUUUGCUGGAAAGACGUGAUUCAUUGGAUGUGGCCGCUUUUUACUGAAAGCUGGGGAUCAUGGAGAAGUGAUGAUCUGAAUCUGAGUCCUAUUCCUUUUACAGAUCCUGUAACAGGCCUUCCCUCAUGGCAUGAUUGGCCACCAUCUCCCCUUCUCUUGUAUGGAUUUAGCAAUGAAAUUGUUGAAUGCCCAGAUUAUUGGCCAUCACAUGUUCAUGUUUGUGGAUUUUGGUUCCUCCCUAUUGAAUGGCAGUUUGCAUGUAACGAAUGUGGACAAAUUUCAGCAUUUCUUUCUCCUGGGAGUACCAGAACAAAAGAAAAAGUGUGUGCAGCUCAUGUAAAGUUACAAUGUUUUUUGGGGACAAUGGUGCCUCCUGUUUUUAUAGGACUAAGUUCUGCUGGAAGCUUGGGUUUUUUGGAGCACCCUGAAGCAUUCCUUAAGGUUAUUCAAAUUGUCCUGGAGAUCACAGAUUUCAGGUUUGUCCUUUUUUCUUCAGGUUAUGAGCCUUUGGAUGAAGCAAUUCAAGUUGUUGCGACCAAAACUUUGCAUUUUGAUCAAAGGCAGUACAAUGAAGAGGGGGUCUGUCUCUUUGAUGGCCGUCUCUUCUGCUUUCCUAGUACAGUACCAUACAAUUGGCUAUUUAGAAAAUGUCUGGCUGCAGUGCAUCAUGGGGGCAGUGGAUCGACUGCUGCAGCACUACAUGCUGGAAUCCCACAGGUGAUAUGUCCAUUUAUGUUGGAUCAAUUUUAUUGGGCCGAAAGGAUGCACUGGCUUGGGGUUGCUCCAGAACCAUUGAAACGAAACCAUUUAGUUCCAGAUAAAAUGGAUGACUUCAGAAUCAGGGUAGCUGCAAAUGUGCUGUCAAGAGCCAUAGCUGAUGCAUUAUCUCCUGAAGUUAAGGGCAUGUUGAGGAUGAGCAUGAUUGUCUGCAUUAACUUCUGAGGGUUCAAGGACAUAUGCAUUCCUGGGAAAUCUAGACCAUAAUACACCAGAUGCAAAGAUUAAAGGCCAAACACAGAUUUUGAUAGGACUUUGAGCCUUAUGACACAGAAAGGCAUAAGCAAUUGCUGCAAAAACACAUUGGAAGAUUCCACAAACUAAUCCAACAAUAUCAACAAAUGUCCCCAGAGGCUUGUGACUUGGAGAUGGAGAGUAAAACCAAGGUAUAUGGCCUCUCAUCAUCAGUUUAACUCUUUCUCGUCGACCGGUUCGAGCAAGAUCAAUGAUGCAGAUGAACAUUACUGUGAAAGAUAUGAUCAUACUGAUUAAUGCAUACUGGGGUUUUUGAACUGAGGAUAGCUGAUCGAAGAUAGCUGAUGGAAGCUCCAUAACAAAAUUUGUGAUAAGGAAAAUUCGUUCCACGUUCACAUACUGAUUUUGCAAAGAAAGAGCAUUUGUAAGUUGCUAGAAAUAUGCAGAAAAGUUUCUUU